CUGCUGUUAAAACAUGGCAGCUUCCUUUUGUUGGUGGGGAUUUACUGUGCUCUGAGGGAGGAUUUAAACACAUUCUUCCGUGGAAAGACAGGUCUCCAUCUUAUCCUCGGGGUUCACACUGCCGCUCGUCCAAACACUUGAAGCAGGAGGAACAUGGAGAAGAGUGGGAGCGUCGACAGUCUGGGCUCGAAGCGCUCCUCCUCCCGACAGCCAAGUGUUGAUUCAUUGUCCAGCACUUCCACCUCUCGCUCUGACCGGUCUGCCCAGGCCAAGCCACCCUUUGCGAUGUCCUCCGACUCGUUGGCCGCCUCUGCAGAGCUCUCCCCGGAGUGCAGGGUUAAGCCCAAAACCGCCGCCAAGCAGGUGCUGAGAGAUUCAGACAAAGAGCCACAGUUACUUCCAAAGGAAACUGUGCAAGACUAUGCCCAAGAUGUGACAUAUUUCUGUCCUUUCAUUGGAGCACUGCGGGGGACAGUGAUAGUUACCAACUACAGACUUUUCUUCAGAUCUAUGGAAAGGGAGCCAGCAUUUGUGCUGGACAUGCCCCUUGGGGUGGUGAGUCGUGUGGAAAAGAUUGGGAGUGCAUCAACCCGUGGUGAUGUGUCCUAUGGACUGGUUUGUAAGGAUAUACGUAAUCUACGAUUUGCACACAAGCAAGUGGAGGACACACUUAGGAAGUCCAUUUUUGAAGUGCUGGUCAAAUUUGCGUUUCCUGUUUCCAAUGGGCUGCAAAUAUUUGCCUUUGAAUAUGGACAAGUCUUCCCCGAGAAUGGCUGGAAGGUGUAUGACGCUCUCUCUGAAUACAAAAGACAGGGUAUACCGAAUGAAAGCUGGAGGAUAACAAAAGUAAACAAUCACUACGAGGUUUGUGACACUUACCCAUCAACUCUGGCGGUGCCUUUCAACAUACCCGACGAAGAGCUGAAGAGAGUAGCAGCCUUUCGAGUGAAGGGAAGGAUGCCUGUGUUGUCAUGGAUCCAUCCGGAGAGCCAGGCGACAGUGACGCGCUGCAGUCAGCCCAUGGUCGGGGUAAACGGGAAGCGCAGCAAAGAGGAUGAGAAAUACCUCCAGGCGAUCAUGGACGCCAAUGCUCAGUCACAUAAGCUCUUCAUCUUUGACGCAAGACCGAGUGUCAACGCUGCUGCAAACAAGAUGAAAGGCGGUGGUUAUGAAAGUGAGGAUGCGUAUCAGAAUGCCGAGCUGGUGUUCUUGGAUAUUCACAACAUCCACGUGAUGAGAGAGUCCCUCCGGAAGCUGAAGGACGUGGUCUACCCCAACAUCGAGGACUCCCACUGGCUCUCCAACCUGGAGUCCACUCAUUGGCUGGAGCACAUCAAGUUGAUCCUGGCUGGAGCGCUGCGGAUUGCAGACAAGGUGGAGUCUGGGAAAACAUCGGCGGUGGUGCACUGUAGCGAUGGCUGGGACCGCACAGGCCAGCUCACCUCCCUGGCCAUGCUCAUGCUCGACGGUUACUACCGCACCAUCCGCGGCUUCGAGGUGCUGCUUGAGAAAGAGUGGCUCAGCUUUGGCCACCGCUUCCAGCUGCGCAUCGGUCAUGGCGAUAAGAACCACACGGACGCAGACCGCUCGCCUGUCUUUAUUCAGUUCAUCGACUGCGUCUGGCAGUUGACUCGACAGUUUCCUGCAGCGUUUGAGUUUAACGAAUUCUUCCUGGUCACCAUCCUGGACCACCUCUACAGCUGCCUGUUUGGGACCUUCUUGUGCAACAGCGAACAGCAGAGGUUGAAGGAGGAGAUUCCCAAGAGGACAGUGUCCUUGUGGUCAUAUGUAAAUAGCCAGCUGGAGGAGUUCACCAAUCCUCUGUAUGUGAACUACUCCAACCAUGUGCUGUUCCCUGUCGUCAGCUUACGCCACCUGGAGCUUUGGGUUGGCUACUACAUCCGCUGGAACCCUCGCAUGAGGCCUCAGGAUCCUGUUCAGCAGCGCCACAAGGAGCUGCUGGCGAAGCGGGCGGAGCUGCAAAAGAGAGUGGACGAGUUACAGCGCGAGGUAACGAAUCGCUCGGCCUCCUCUUCCUCUGAGCGCGCGGGCUCCCCCACACGCUCCAUCACUCCAGUGCAGACUUUUGUCUGACUCAGCAGACGGUUCGCGGAAGCUGAAUCCCACCCGAGAGAAGUUGCCGUACAGUAGUCGUCAGUUGGCCACACCUGGCGCCACAACACAGGACCUGUGUGCCAAACGGGCAUGAAUACACUACGCCCAAAAGUGUGAUGCGUUUCCACCUCUCACACGUCGUGUGGCGAGUCUGCUUGCAGCAGAAGAGUGUCUGUCUCAGACUGCUUUACUGCAGCCAUCUUGUACUCCUGCUCCACGGUUGAGAGGACAUGUAACCAGAGUCGUGAGAACAUAUGCAUGUCAGUCCAUCUACAAGCAGUGUUGAUCAUUUUGUAAGUACACUAAAAUAUUACUUGGGUAAAAUAUGUAUGCCUUAUACACUUCAUCGGGAACACUCACUUCAUUCCUCUAAACUGCAAAUGUGUAUAUUUUGAGAGCAGUACCACUGAAGAUAUUCUCAAGAUGUACACAAAUAUGUUGAGCUCCAGUACUAAAAAAAACGACUAAAUGGCUCGGCGUUGUUAAAUAUUCCAAAUGUAGCUUAAGGGCCGUAAUGUUAGCUUCUGCUAAUGUUAAAGAAUAUAGACCAUGCUCAUUAAACAAGGUGUCUGGUUAUCUUCUCAAAUCAA